AUGUCGGUAACGCCUAGUAAUUUGUCCCUCAAUGGGACAAGCUUCUUCGCUGAAAAUCAUAGCAUUAUGGAUAAGCCUAGCAAGCAGAGAACUUUGAAUGUGCUUCUGUUCUGCUUGACUUUUAUCAUUGCAUUCAUAGCACUUCUGGGCAGCAUUUAUUCACUAGUUUCCCUACUGAAAAUGCAAAACAAAACCACGGUUUCAAUGAUUGUGACCUCUUUGUCAGUAGAUGAUUUGAUCAGCAUUGUGCCAGUGAUUAUUUUCAUGCUCACCCAGUGGUCAAGUGAUGUCCUCCCCCAGCCUUUGUGCACCAUCUCAGCCCUUGCGUAUUUAUGCCAGGGCGUUUCUGGCAACCUGAAAGGGUCUCUUAUAGUUUCUUACAACUUCUACACCAUCAACAGAACUGAGACAACGAGCUGCAGCACUCCCAAGCGACGAGUGAGCAUGGUAUGGGCCAUUCUUAUCGUUUGGAUUGUCAGUUUGCUGAUCUGCAUUUUGCCUCUCUGCGGCUGGGGCAAGUACAUCCCCACCUCCUGGGGUUGCUUCACUGACACUGCCAGUUCCUAUGUCUUGUUUUUAUUUGUUGUCUACUUGCUGUGCUUUUGCCUCCUCACAGUGCUGUCUGUUCCUCUAACUUACCAGCUGUUGUGCUCGGAUGAGCAACAGCUGUUACACAUUGAUUACCAGGAGAUCUCUGGAGGCUGCAUCACCCCUGGGACACCUGCAGGCUGCAGUACUGCCACCCCGUCUCUGUCACCAGUGGACCCUGUGGAUAAAACCCUGAAGCAUUUCCAGAACGCGUGUCCAGGCUCGGAGGCAGUUUUUAGGAAAGGUGUGGCUGAGAGCAGUGCACUCGAGCCCGGCUGUGUGAACAGCAUACAGAGCAGGAGCUUCACGGUGGGCUUUGCUCAGAAACGGUUCUCGCUGAUUCUUGCAUUGACAAAAGUCGUUCUCUGGCUUCCAAUGAUGAUACAAAUGGUUGUCCAGCACAUCACUGGCUUUCAGAGCCUUUCUUCUGAGACGCUUAGCUUCCUGCUGACUCUGCUGGGUGCUGCAGUCACCCCAGUAUUUGUCCUGUCAGAACACUGGACCCACCUGCCCUGUGGCUGCAUCAUUAAUUGCAGGAAGAAUUCAUAUGCAGUGUCUUCAGAGGAACUCAACACCAAGCGCGGGGGUUUCGAGUUCAACCUGUCCCGAUCAGGUGGGGCCUUGGCUAUCCCCCUGUGUGCAUUUCAAGGAACUGUGUCUCUUCAGGCACCCACGGGAAAAACGCUCUCUUUAUCUACAUAUGAGGUAAGCACGGAAGGGCAAAAAAUACCCCCCGCCUCAAAGAAAAUUGAAGUGUAUCGAUCUAAAAGUGUCGGUCACGAGCCAAACCUAGAGGAGUCUCCGAAUACAUUUGCUGACACAAGUGUUAAAAUUCAUUUAGAGGUGCUUGAAAUUUGUGACAAUGAAGAGGCCCUGGACACUGUGUCAAUCAUCAGUAAUAUCAGCCAGUCCUCCACACAGGUAAGGUCUCCAUCCUUACGUUAUUCACGGAAAGAAAACAGGUUUGUCUCAUGUGAUUUAGGGGAAACUGCCUCCUACUCCCUCUUCAUACCGUCAAACAAUCCUGACAGCGAUAUUAACAUAUCGAUUCCAGACACUGUUGAAGCUCAUCGGCAGAAUAGUAAAAAGCAAGAUAUGGAAAGAGGUGGUUAUCAGGAAGAAAUUCAGAUGUUGAAUAAAGCGUACAGGAAACGGGAAGAAGAUGGCAACGGCAAUUAA